UCCAGCAAUGAGAGGUCUAGUGGUAUUGGGGCUUGUGGCCUUAGUGGCUGUGGUGGCAGCCAGGGAGAUCCGGGAGAAGCGAUCAGCUGACCUGGAAGCUGCAGCAUCAGGGCAUGGCUGGGAUAAAGGUGGCGGGCACGACCACCAUGAACACCACCACCAUGACCACGGUCAUAAAGACCAUAAAGGUCAUCACGGGCAUCAUGAACACCAUCACGGUCAUAAAGGCCACGGACAUCAUGAAGGGCACAAAGGACAUCACGGUGAACAUGGCGGACACAAGAAACACCAUCACCACGAUGAAGGCUACCAUCAUCACCACGGACACGGCGAGAAAGGCGAUCAUGGCCACGGUCAUGAGGAGCACGGUCACUGGCACAAGGGCCACGACACAAAGGGACACCACGGCAUCGAGAAACAUGACGAAUUCAAGAAAGACAAGCAUUUCCAUGAUCAUCAUGGAGACAAGGGCCACCAUGAGCAUUACGGCGGUCAUCAUCACGAAGGGGAUUACAAGAAAGGCGGUCACUUCCACAAGGGACACAAACACGGAGACCAUCACGAGCAUCAUCAUGGUAAGGGUGGCCAUCACGAGCACGGCGGUCAUCAUCAUCACCACAAGGGUCACCACGGAGAUGGCGGCCAUCACGAGCACUGGCACCAUCAUGACGACCACGGCAAGAAGGGAGAGCACGACCACCACAAACAUUGGGACCACAAAUCUGGACACUAAGCCAGCUUUAGCGUAUCUAGAUAUCCUACCCGUUGACUGUAUUUGUUAUGUUAUUUUCUACUUCCAAAUAAAUGUUUUUGUACAUACCUCUUAAA